UGUCACUCAAGUAGGUAGAAGACACAUUUUUUACGAAACGAAAACAAAUAACAGCUGUUUCUGUAAAACUUUGAAUAAAAUUUGUAAAAAAUGUCAUCAGAUUGGGAAGAAGUCAAACGUUUAGCUGCUGACUUGCAAAAAGCUCAGCUAAGUUCUACUCUACAAAGAUUAUCGGAACGAAACUGUGUAGAAAUAAUUACACACUUAAUAAAACAUAAAUACAUUGAAGUUCUAUUUUCAAAUGAUGGUAAAGAGUAUAUUACACCAGAUUAUUUAAUACAAGAGAUGUGUGGCGAGUUAUUCGUUCACGGUGGUCGAAUAAACAUGACUGAAUUAUCCAAAAUUUUACGUGUAGAUUUGAACCAAAUCAUGAAUUACUCAAAAGAAAUUUUAAAACGAAAGGACGUCCAUCUAGUUUUGAAUCAAUUAAUUGAUGAUACAUAUAUUAGUCGAAUAGCCGAAGAAAUUAACGAAAAAUUGAAUCAAAGUGGAAAAAUUUCGAUUAAUGAUUUAACAAUGCAUUUCGAUUUGCCAGCUGAAUUCUUACAACAACAAGUUUUCGCAAAGCAUUUAGGAACUUUAAUUCAAGGGAAACAGGAUCCACAUGAUCCAAACUUGUAUUAUACAGAAGCAUUUGCAGCUCGAGCUAAAGCUAAAAUACGUGGUGCAUUAGCUGCUUUAACAAAACCAACACCUAUCACGGCCAUAUUGAAUCAGUGUGGCUUGCAGGAUACGACUUUUUUCUUGUUAUUUGAUCAAAUUGGAGCUGCAGGAUCGGUUACCAGCAAACAAAGUACGGGACAAUAUAUACCGCAUAUUUAUUCGAAAUCACAGUCGGAUUGGGUGCAAAAUUUCUAUCGACAAAAUCGUUAUAUAGAAUUUGAUGCUUUAUCACGUCUUGGAAUAUCAGAUCCAAAAAAUUAUAUUAAACGACAAUUACCAAAUGAGAAAUUAACGGUAUUGAAUUCAUGUGUUGUGUCACAAGUAAUUAUUGAUCAAAUUGAUGGUGCCAUUGAAGAAUGUAUUGCCAGCAAAACAUGUUUAGAUGUUCAAACAAUUCUUCCAUCUAUUUUUAAUGAUGACGAUAUAUCAAUGAUUAUAGAAUCAGUCAUGACACCAUCACGUAAAAAUUUAACUAUGGUUUUAGGUUAUUGUGUAUUGAGUACGGCUUACAUUGAACUAUUAAGUGUUCCGUGCGAGGGACUUUGUGAAGAACGUGCCAAACUUGCUGUAGAAUCGGGUACAUAUCAACAAUAUCAAGCCGAAAAACAACUUGCCUCUCGGCACGGUGGCGAUAGUGUAAACGAAAACGAUUCUAAAGUCGAUAAACGUGAUGAAAGACGUAAAAAAGCUGCAGGUGGUAAAAGUGGUGGUGGAACUCAAGGGCGAGAAACAAAAACAAAAUCAACGAAAAAACAUCAACGUGGUAAACAACAACAUAUAUCAAAUGAUAGUGACGAUGAAGUAUCAACAAAGAAAAAUACUACUCUAGAAUUGAUUACUGUUGCCGAUAUUGAAAAAAUAAUUGAGCCUCAAUUAGAAGAGGAAGGAAUUUCUGAUUUAUUAAAUGAAAUUAGCACGUAUUUACAAGAAAAAUUAAAUCCUAAAGCUUUUGAAAUAGCCACAAAAUUAUAUGUAAGCACCACACAAAAUAAAGCUUCAGAGCGUCGUCAAAAUCAUGCUUCAUUACAAGAUCGAUUGAAUGCGUUACUGACUGAUGUUCGAUUAUUUGAAAAAGGUGCUAAAUUAUUCUCUGCCGAUAUCCAGCAACAACUCCAUAAAUAUUUGCUUAAAUCAAUUUGUACGGAUUUUGUAAAUGAAAUUGUUUUAUACGUAGCUAGUGAAUACGACUUAAAUGUUAAUAACGUAUCAACACCUUUAACGAAUGAACAACGAACUAAAAUCGUUAAUGAUACACCGACUGAUAUUCGUUCUACGUUACAAGCAUUGUUAAAAACGUUAUCAAAUUCAAGUAUUGAAGAAUUUUUAGAGGCAGCUGAAGAUUCAUUACCGGUUUGUAGUAUGAUUUUAAAGAAAGUUGAUAAGAAAAAAGAUCGUUUACUUGUACUCAAUCAUCGCCAUAGUUUACAACAACAAUUGGAACAAUGCAAUGAUCCGGCAUUAGUUUUACAUUUAACAACGUUAAUUUUAUUUGAAACAACCACACAAAAUAUGUUGCAUGCAAGUGGACGCCAUGUUUUUGCGAUUAUUCAAUUUUUAAAACAACAUUUAAAUGACGAAGAUAUAAAGCAAUUGUCCCAUUAUCAUGAUUUAGUAACACAAUAUUUAGCUGGAUCAGCAGAUAAAGAAGCCAUUGGAACGGAAUUGAAUACAAAAAUUUCAAAUAUUAAAAACAUUGCAUUGUCAUUUAAAAAAUCAACAUCGUCUUCAAAUGACAAAUAA